AUGGAGUGUCCAAAUCAAACAGUACCAACUGAAUUUGUCCUCUCUGGGUUACCGUACCCAAAAGAAAUGGAGGUCCCAUUAUUCCUUUUCUUCUCCUUCAUGUUUAUACUGACCCUUUCUGGAAAUUCCUUGAUCCUCUGGGUGGUGGCAUCUGACCUCCAUUUACACAAGCCCAUGUACUGGUUCCUGUGUCAUCUGUCCAUCCUGGAUAUGGCCUUCGCCUCUGUGGUUGUUCCCAAAGUGAUUGCAGGAUUUCUUCCUGGUGGAAAAGUCAUCUCAUUUGUGGGCUGCAUGUCCCAGAUCUUCUUCUUCCACUUCCUUGGAGGUGCAGAAUGUCUCCUUUACACGUUGAUGGCUUAUGACCGCUUCAUGGCCAUUUGCAAGCCUCUCCAUUAUAGCACCCUCAUGAGCUGGAAAACCUGCCUCAUCCUCUCCUUAGCUACAUUGAUUGGAGGCUGCCUGAACUCAAUGGUGGAGACAACCCUCACCAUUCUCUUGCCCUAUGGACAAAGAAACUAUGUGGACUUCACCUUCUGUGAUAUUUCUGCCGUCUUGAAACUGGCUUGCGCUGAUACAAAACUCAAUGAGAUUAUGAUCAUUGUUGACAUUGGCCUUGUGGCCAUGACAUGCUUUCUCGUGAUCCUGAUCUCCUAUGUAUAUAUCAUUGCCGCUAUUCUGAGGAUCAGCAGCAGUGAAGGGCGGCAGCGGGCCUUCUCAACUUGCACUGCCCAUGUUACGGUGGUGCUCAUAUAUUACUUGCCUUUGGUCUUUCACUUCCUGAGGCCAGCUACUCAGGACUCAUUAGAUGGUGUGCUGAGCACAUUCUACACCACAGUAACCCCAUUGCUAAACCCGGUCAUAUACACCCUUAGGAACAAGGAGAUGAAGGCCGCUCUAGUGAAACUGUGGGGUAGGAAUUCAGAGUAA